AUGGAUUUCAUAAACUUUUCCACUAAUAAGAUUCCUCUCGAAUCACGGCCUCGUUUCCCGUUUAAAACGGCUCUCCCCAUCCAUCCAAUGUUUAUCCCAAUAUUCUACGGUCUCAGCGUGCUAUGCGCUUUACUAUUCUACUAUACAAGGACCAAGGUAGAAACUUGUGAAGAUGCGAACUUUAAAGGCUUCCAAAAGACCUAUAUUACUGUCUAUUUGUUGGCUGUUGCUGGUGAUUGGCUGCAAGGACCUCAUGUCUAUGCUUUAUCCUUUUCAUUGCUGGCUUUGGUUCAUCUUUACUUUUUUGGCACAAUCAUUGGCUCAUUUGCGGACAAAUUUGGUCGUCGAAACAAUUGUCUUCUUUACGCUUUAUUGUAUGGUGGCGCUUGUGUAACGAAACAUUUCAAUGACAUCAAUAUUUUAAUGAUUGGACGAUUUCUUGGUGGUAUCGCGACGUCAAUUCUCUAUUCAGCUUUCGAAACUUUCGAAAGUUGGCUUGUUUUCGAGCAUAAUAAGCGUGGCUUCAGCGAUGAUCUCUUGGGCACAGUGUUCUCAAAUGCAGCUUUGGGCAACUCUCUUGUCGCCAUUCUUUCCGGUGUCGCUGCUCAAAUGGCUGCUGAUACUUUUGGCUAUGUUGCUCCAUUUGAUUUGUCAAUGUUAGUGUUGGGUGUAAUGUUUUUCCUUGUCUAUGGUACAUGGACUGAAAAUUAUGGAAAUGAAUCAGCAGCUCUUCAGCAUUCAUUUAAAGAAGCUGCGAAUACGAUUAGAAAUGAUGUAAAAGUGCUUUGUCUUGGACUAGUUCAAUCGCUUUUUGAAGGAGCUAUAUACGUUCUCUUUAUCGCAGCGAUUUGUCUCUCCGUUCCAAUCUUCAUGCCCUCUUCAGGCAUCUCCAUUUUCAUCGGAUUUCUCGUUUUUGAGGGUUGUGUAGGCAUUUUCUGGCCAGCAAUGGGUUUCUUGCGGGGUGUUUAUGUGCCUGAAGAAACUCGUUCCACUACAAUCAAUCUCUUCCGAAUCCCCCUCAAUCUCAUCGUCGUUUUCAUUCUCUUACAAAACUUCUCAAUGUUGGCAAUCUUUCACUUCUGUGUCUUCUUCCUUUUAUUGGCUGCUUGUGCUCAGCAUGUUCUUUCUACAA